AUGGCUCAGAAUCGUUUCUCAAUGCUUGAGCGAAGACUUAACCGCUGUCCCGAAUUAAAGGAAGGCUACGUAAACUUUAUGAAAGAGUACGAGGCUUUGGGGCACAUGUCGCCUCUUCAAUCAUUCGAUUCCAACAUGCGACACUUUUUUAUUCCGCAUCAUUGCGUACAUAGACCCCAAAGCCUAUCGACCAAACUUCGCGUUGUCUUCGACGGAUCAGCAAAAUCAACCUCGGGCAAAUCACUAAACGAUCUUUUACUCUGCGGACCGACAAUUCAGCAGGAUCUCAUCACCACAGUUUUAGCUUUUAGACUACACCGGUUCGUUCUCACCGGUGAUAUCACUAAAAUGUAUCGCCAAUUCAUGAUCGAUCCCCGUGACCGAUUAUUCCAGCUAAUCCUGUGGAGGGAAAACCCAACAGAUCCAAUGAAAGUAUACCAAUUAAACACCGUGACAUACGGCCUAUCAUCAGCUCCGUUUUUAGCUAUCCGAAGUUUACAAUAUUUAGCAAGCGAAUCAAGGUCAGAAUUUCCCGCAGGAGCUUCAGUUUUGUGCAACGAUCUUUACGUAGACGACCUCCUGACAGGUGCUGAUACGGUAGAAGAAUUACUGGAAAAGAAAAGACAGGUCGUACAAAUAUUGAGGAAGGGAAACAUGAGCAUGUCGAAGUUCAACAGCAACUCGCACAUCAUCGGAGGCUUAUCAGCAACGGAAGUCGCCAUCAAGUUUGAAGAAGAAGAAAUCACCAAAGCCCUUGGAUUGUCGUGGCAGCCUCAAAAGGACUACUUCGUAUACAGAUACGACUUAUCAUCAGACAACACGUUUACUAAGCGAAUUGUUUUGUCUACUAUCGCAAGUCUCUUUGACGCACUAGGAUUACUCAGUCCCGUAACCAUACGAUGUAAAAUCCUGUUGCAAGACCUGCACAUUCUCAAACUUGGAUGGGACGAGCCACUCCCGGAUACACAAAAUGAAUUAUUCAUCGGACGUCGGGGCCUGCCUUCGAAACUGUACUGCGAUAAUGCUACCAAUUUCUGUGGUGCAGCAAGGAAAAUGGACGAAUUCAAGCAACAGUUUUUCAGUACAGAGGUCAUCGACGAUCUUCACUCCUUCAGUGCGGUUAAAGGAUUUGACUUUAACUUCAUUCCGCCUCGAGCCCCACAUUUCGGGGGGGCUCUGGGAAGCCGCUGUGAAGUCAGCCAAAACCCUUUUACUGAAGAACAUAUCGGAGGCCAAUCUCACAUACGAAGAGCUUGA